AUGUUCGUCUGCAGUGGAACAGCAAGACUUCAGUCCAGCAGCACCUUAGAGACCAAUGACAUUUUUGAGGUGAACCCUUUUGAGAGUCAAGGCUCCGUUUGUCUGAUACAGGUCUCUUCCAGUCCCUCAGAGAGAGAUUCUCACCUGCUGGAUCUACAACAAAUAUUUGUGGGAUUCCAGUACCCACCUGAUCCAUAUAAAUGCAUGGAGUGCGGGAAGAGCUUCAGGAGGAGUGGACACCUAAUUUCCCAUCAAAGAAUUCAUACAAGGGAAGAACCAUAUAAAUGCCUGGAGUGUGGGGAAAUCUUCAGUAGGAGUGGAGACCUUACUUCCCAUCAAAGAGUUCAUACAGGAGAGAAACCAUAUAAAUGUCUGGAGUGUGGGAAAAGUUUCAGAAGGAAUGAAAAUCUCAUUUUCCAUCAAAGUAUUCACACAGGGAAGAAACCAUAUCAAUGCCUGGAGUGUGGGAAAAGCUUCAGUCGGAAUGACAGUCUUACUUCCCAUCAAAGAAUUCACACAGGGGAGAAACCAUAUCAAUGCCUGGAGUGUGGGAAAAGCUUCAGUUGUAAUGGGAGUCUUACUUCCCAUCAAAGGAUUCACACAGGGGAGAAACCAUAUAAAUGUCUGGAGUGUGGGAAAAGCUUCAGUAAUAAUUCAGAACUUUCUGCCCAUCAAAGAAUUCACACAGGGGAGAAACCUUAUAACUGCACGGAGUGUGGGAAAAGCUUCCGUCACAGGAGAACCCUUACUACCCAUCAAAGGAUUCACACAGGGGAGAAACCAUAUCAAUGCCUGGAGUGUGGGAAAAGCUUCAGUCGGAAUGACAAUCGUACUUCCCAUCAAAGAAUUCACACAGAGAAACCACAUAAAUGUCUGGAGUGUGGGGAAAGCUUCAGUAAUAAUGCAAAACUUUCUGCCCAUCAAAGGAUUCACACAGGGGAGAAACCAUUUACAUGCCUGGAGUGUGGGAAAAGCUUCAGUCGGAAUGACCGUCUUACUUCCCAUCAAAGAAUUCACACAGGGGAAAAACCAUAUAAAUGCCUGGAGUGUGGGAAAAGCUUCAGAAAUAAUCGCAGACUUACUUCCCAUCAAAGAAUUCACACAGGGGAGAAAUAUCAAUGCCUGGAGUGUGGGAAAAGCUUCAGUUAUAAUGGCAGUCUUACGAUCCAUCAAAGGAUUCACACAGGGGAGAAACCUUAUAAGUGCCUGGAGUGUGGGAAAAGUUUCAGAUGGAAUAGCAAUCUUACUAGACAUCAACGAGUUCAUACAGGAGAGAAACCAUAUAAAUGUCUGGAGUGUGGGAAAAGCUUCAGUCACAGGGGAACCCUUACUAUCCAUCAAAGGAUUCACACAGGGGUGAAACCAUUUACAUGCCUGGAGUGUGGGAAAAGCUUCAUUUAUAAUGGCAUGCUUACUAUCCAUCAAAGGAUUCACACAGGGGAGAAACCUUAUAAGUGCAUAGAGUGUGGGAAAAGUUUCAGUCGGAAUGGCCAUCUUACUAAACAUCAAAGAAUUCACACAGGGCAGGACCUAUGUAAAUGUUUGGAGUGUGGGAAAAGCUUCUGUAAUAAUGACGUACUUUCUUCCCAUCAAAUGAUCCAUACAGGGGAGAAACCAUAUAAAUGUCUGGAGUGUGGGAAAAACUUCAGGCGGAGAGAUAGUCUUAUUUCCCAUCAAAGAAUUCACAUGGAGGAGAAACCAUAUAAAUGCCUGGAGUGUGGGAAAAGGUUCAGUUCGAAUAAUGGUCUUACUUACCAUCGAAGAGUUCACACAGGGGAAAAACCAUAUUCCUGCCUGGAGUGUGGGAAAAGCUUCCGAUUCACACAGGAGGAACCAUAUAAAUGUCGAGUGUCGGAAAAGCUUCCGUCUCCAUAA